CGAGCGCGCGGCUCCGCUCGCUCUAUGGCGGCCGCCCGUGCGGGGCCGGCUGAGCUGGGCUUCGUGGAGGCGGCGCCGGCGUGGCGGCUGCGCCGCGAGCAGUUCCCCAGCAAGGUGGGCGGGCGGCCGGCGUGGCUGGGCGCGGCCGGGCUGCCGCGGCCCGAGGAGCUGGCCUGCGCCCUGUGCGGCCGCCCGCUGGCCUUCCUGCUGCAGCUGUACGCGCCGCUGCCCGACCGUGCCGACGCCUUCCACCGCGGCCUCUUCGUCUUCUGCUGCCGGGCGCCGCCGUGCUGUGCGGGCCUGCGCGUGUUUAGAAAUCAGCUACCCAGGAAAAAUGACUUUUACUCAUAUGAGCCACCUUCUGAGGAUCCUCCUCCAGAGACGGGAGAGUCUGUGUGCCUCCAGCUCAAGUCUGGUGCUCAUCUCUGCAGGGUUUGUGGCUGUUUAGGCCCCAAAACAUGCUCCAGAUGUCACAAGGCGCAUUACUGCAGCAAGGAGCAUCAGACUCUAGACUGGAGAUUUGGGCAUAAGCAGGCUUGUACACAAUCAGAUUAUUUGGACAGAACAAUUCCAGACCACGGCUUCCUUUUUCCAGAAUUUGAAAUUGUAAUAGAAACAGAAGAUGAGAUUACACCUGAAGUCGUUGAAAAAGAAAAUGAUUCGGAAAUUAUAGGGAGCAUGGGUGAAGCACCUGAGGAAGAAUUGGAUUCCAUGGCAAAACAUGAAUCCAAGGAAGAUAAAAUUUUCCAGAAGUUUAAAACUAAAAUAGCCCUUGAGCCAAAACAGGUUCUCAGAUACGGCAGAGGGAUUGCUCCCAUCUGGAUCUCUGGUGAAAAUAUCCCUCAAGAAAAGGAUAUUCCAUAUUGCCCCUGUGGUGCCAAGAGAACAUUUGAAUUCCAGGUCAUGCCUCAGCUGCUCAACCACCUAAAGGCCGACAGACUGGGCAGGAGUGUCGACUGGGGUGUCCUGGCUGUCUUCACCUGUGCUGAAAGCUGUAGACUGGGGAUUGGCUACACAGAGGAAUUUGUUUGGAAGCAAGAUAUAACAAAUACACCCUAAAGACAAUGUCGUAAAGCCUUAAAAAUGCUCAUAAUCUCUUAGACCUUGCAAGUCCAUUUCUAGGACUUUAUCCUAAGGAAAUAAUUAUAGCAGAGACAAAGGCACAAAGAUGUUGUUUUAGGUGAGUUUACAGUGUGUAAAUAUUAGUGCAACAAAAAUGUCUGGUGACAGGUAUUUAAAGAAAUUUUGGUGAAUCCCUACAGCAGAAGGUAAUGCAGUCUUAAUGAUAUACAUCUAUAUGUACAAGAUACAGGUUUAAACUGACACCAAGAUAUUCAUAGUAUGUUCAUAUUUUUGUAAAAGUAUUUAUACAUGUGUAUGUCCACAGAAAUCUGGAAAGAUACGUACUCGGUGGGAACUAGUUAACUAUGGAUGGUGGGACUAUGAAAUGAUCGUUUUACCUAUGUGUUUGUUUCUUUCUACAAUAAAAAUGGGUUAAUUGCCUAAUUAAGACAAUCCA